CAUAUUUAAAGGCGCCGCUCGAGGCCGGGGCAGUACACUCCCCUUGCCCAUCAUGAGGACACUUCUCGCUCUCGCUGCGCUCGCGGCACUUGCCUCCUCAGCGGCCGUCACCUCCAAUGAGUCGCUGCAGCUGGACAACGGCCUGGUGAGGGGCACGUGGGGAGACCCCGAGAUGUGCGCCGCCGGGUCCCACGCUUUCUCCUUUGAAAUCAAGUACGCUGACCUUGGGCACAUUGACGACACGGCAGUCAACGGCGUGAGGCUCUACUGCGAGACGCCGGGCGGCUCCCUCACGGGCUACGUGACCAGCUCCGAGGGGAAGUGGGGCGAGUGGCGAGGAAUGCGCACCUGCGCGUUGGGGCAUCACCUGGUGGGCAUUCAGGGCAAUGUGGUGGACCCGCAGGGCAACUUCGGGGACGACCUAGGCGUGGACAACCUGCGCAUGGAGUGUGACGAUGGCGCCAUCCUGGACGGGCUCUACGGCGAGCCCAGUGCCCGGAGUACGGUCGUCUCGCGAGAGGUCAGGCAGGUCGGCGGCAGGGAGGUGGAGGCCGUGCAUCUCAAGGUCAACCGAGGCGAUACCCGCGACCACGGCGACUGGGGCCUGUGGGCGCGAUGCUCCGCCGGCGGCACCCUCUGCGGCCUCCAGACCCGCGUCGAGCACGAUGACGUCCUCAAUGACGACGCCGGACUCUGUGAUGUCAUAGUGUUCUGCUGCGCGAUCUAGGAAGCGAAGGAACGGACGAGCAGGAGAGGGAAUGAAGGGCGAGGAAUGUAGGGUGAAGGCAAGGGCGGCGAGGGAGCUGACGAAACAGGGAAACAAUAAAAUCCUUAAGGGAAUAGGGAGAAGGAAAGGAAUUUGUGACACCGAAGGGCGGAAGACGGCGGGAGGGAAAAGAGCGGACGGGUAGAAAGGUCAAACAAAAGAGGCGCAGGGAUUCGCAAGAUAAACUAAACAAAAAUGAAAGAAAAUAAAAAGGAACCAGAACCUACAUUUCAAUAUUUUUUAGGAGAAAUAAAAUAAAUUAAUCGAUUAAU